GCACUCUCUACAUUUCUCUAGAAAAAAAUCUCUAUCUCCCAGUCCUAUUUAUAUCCCACAAUUCUCUAUGAAAAAUCAAUCAAACCAAAAAGCCAAGAAUCAUAGAAUACGAAUCAAGAAAGCUAACGAAACAAUCUACAAUGGAUUUGAUAAGGUUUCCAAUAAUCUCAAUCCUCGAAAACAUGCUCGAAGUCCCCGAAGAUCACAACAACGAGGAAAGCCACAAUAAUCCAUCAAGAACCUACGUGCGAGACGCGAAGGCAAUGGCAGCUACACCAGUUGACGUUAUCGAGCACCCGAACGCGUAUACUUUCGUUGUAGACAUGCCUGGAAUCAAAGGAGAUGAGAUCAAGGUUCAAGUAGAGAACGAGAAUGUUCUUGUGGUGAGUGGAGAAAGACAGAGGGAGAAGAGCAAAGAGAACGAAGGUGUGAAGUACGUGAGGAUGGAAAGAAGAAUGGGUAAGUUUAUGAGGAAGUUUCAAUUGCCUGAGAAUGCAAAUUUGGACAAGAUCUCUGCUGCUUGUCAUGAUGGUGUGUUGAAAGUGACUGUUCAGAAACUUCCUCCUCCUGAGCCUAAGAAACCAAAGACUAUUCAGGUCCAAGUCUCUUGAGUUUGGUCAUCAAGAUUGUGUUUUUUUUUUUUUAUCUCUAUUUUAAUUUAAAGAAUGGGUUUGAAUGUCAGAAUGUAACAAUCUUUGU